AUGCCACCAACUAGAAGGCAAACUGCGAGAACUUCGCAUCCAAGAGGUCGAGGGGCACUUCGCCGCCUUAUGGAUCCAUCUGCAAGUACGAACACAAAUACUUCAAACACAGACACUCCCGCUAACACCAUUCCAAGUUCCUUGUCGCCCGUAUCACAACAAGAUCCGGAUCUUUCCGCUUGGGCAGCCACACAAGUUAGUGGCCAAGUCAAAUUAUGUACAAUCCAUUCUGUAGUAGACUUGAAAACAGAAAACGGUGAAGAAUUUGCAUUCAUAACUUAUACAGAUCAGUCAUUAGAACCAGAAUGGGAGCCAGUUAAAAAUCUUCGAAAUGCUGAAGCAUUGAUUGAAAGAUGUAGGCAGAGACAAAAUUCGGCCUUAAAAUCAGUGAAAUUCUCUACAGACCUUACCAAUACACGAGAAUUUUUAAAAUCAGAUACGGUACCUUUGACAAUGCGUACGUCAAACCCAGUACAACUUGAUCCAAAACCAAAGCCUAUACUCAAAGCAGUUCAAAAAGCAGCAGCAGACGAGCCCGAUACAAUGCAAAUAGAUGAAUGUGAUGUUCUUACGGAAAUAAAGCAAUGGAAAGGACCUCUGACAAAAGGAAAAAAUAGUAAAUUCAUCUCGAACAUAGUAAUUAAGCAAAUUUCUGAAAGUUACAAGGACGAGCACAUAUUCGAUAUCCUUAAAGAUAUGAAUCAGAUGUGUAUGGUAAAUGUUAUACCUUCAUCGUUCGCCUUACAAUUUGUUAUCAAAGAUGUCGUCCUGCAAGGUAUAUUAUCAAUGGAGUCGGAUAAAAACUCGCGUUCAUGUGAUCAAUUUGGCGUAGAACAUGAAUGGCUGAAGGCAAAUGACUUGCGUAUGCUUCUCAUUCCUUACAAUAUACCAGAAAAGCAAAAGAAUUGCAUGGAUUUAUCGAAGCAACUUGUGUUAGGUAUUGAAAAGAUGGACGAUAUUGAUCAUUUUAUGGGAGAAGUUAUGUUACAAGCAGAAGCAUUGGGUGGAAAAUAUUUUCCAAUAGACGCGAUCGGUGAUGAGACCUUGGAUCUUGUUUUAGUCGAAGUUUUCUGGUUGAAUCAAUUAAAUUUUAUGCCAAAUUUAAUUCGGUUAAAACAUAUGAAAAGAUGUCAAUUUCUCGUCUAUGGUUAUGAUAUUAAAAGAUUACAGCCAAUAAAAUUUGAACCAUUUUUCGCACCAGGUGGUCUUUUGGCUGUUUCAACAAAAGUAAUUACGGCCGACUCUCAAUCUGUAGAAAGAAUUUUUGGAACUGCUCAAAUCAAUAGCGGAAAAUGGUCAAUUUUGUUAAAUCCAAAGAUGAAAUCUCAUUUUGACAAAAUAAUGGAUAAAAAUUACGGGGUCUUUAAUGCGAAAUUCAAGUCAGGAGAAAUCAAUUUCUUUGAAAAAGAUUUAUGGAAAAAGUCACAGCAACGUCACGGUAAAAAUGAAGUUGGCUCACUUUAUUGGACUUUAUUAAUUUUCUAUCGCACUCUCAUGGUAAAUGGGAACCCUCCUCGUCAUUGUAUACUUAUUAUCCAUGAAGAUGAAGUACAACUUUCUCGCUCACAAAUUCCUGGUGUAAAUAUAUGA